AUGUCCCAGAAGGACAUCCAAGUUUCCCAGUUCCAGCAAGGGGUGCUACCUUCUUCUUCAUUCGAAGACAAACUAGACCUUGUGAUUCCUCGACAUCAGAAGAAUUUCAGCACGGCCACCGCAGUAUCUUCCAAAGAGAAACACAAGCACGAGAAUCUUAGAUUGACAGUGCGCCGUCCAGAAGCUGGUUUAAACAAGAUGACUUUAUCCAAGAUUAGACCAUCCGGGCGUCACGGUGAUUCUCAAAAGGAGAUGUACAUCACCAGCAAUAUCAAGAUUACCGAACUUCGUCAGUGGUUUGAGCAAGAGCCUCAUGACUACCACCAGACAGACUUCGUUCAACAUCUUCACGCCGAAAUCAAGUGGGAGGAAGUCCACAUUGGACUCUUUCCUACUGAUAUCCGAGCCCGCCCUUUUUCUGUGGUGUGCGACGAUUCCAUCAAGCCUAGGGGGAAGAGAGUCAUUGAGGAUACCCCAGUUCUCCGAGUUGUUUUUGCUUGUUCGGGAAGUUGCGUCUGUGGGAAACCAUCCCCGGACGUCAAACGAAGCGAAGUUGAAGAUGACAUUGAUGAUGCGGAAGACUUCGACGAUGAAGUUGAAGAAGAAGGGCAUGUCAAGUGUAGCGUCGGUGCAAAGAUCAAGGUCGAGAUGACUGUGAAGCAGGCAUGCAUGGGAGAGUGUACAAUCACCCAUAUGCCAAUCAGCGAGCAUAAACCUCCCCCCGAGUCUCUCCGCUACCACCUCAAAGGCUCCAGGGUGCUAAGGCGGUGGUUGUUCUUGCAAGCUGAGAAACUGGGUGUUACCCCUUCUGCCAUUGAAACAGUUUCCGUCACUAUUUCCAUUGAUGGCACAUCUGGCACUUACCGGCGCCUACUUGAAGACGUGAGUAAGGCUAUCUUCCGCUUUGCAAAGAAGAUAGUCGAGACCGAACCUGGUCAUCAAACGAGCUUCCCCGGAAUUGACCAUCACGAGCUUCUACAAGCCUGUAGAAUGGUGGUUGAUCAGGGGAGGUUCAAGCCAGCCUUCAUGGUCAUUGACGGCUGCACUGCGGAAAGUAAGGCGAUCCUGGAAGUAUGGCCCGACAUGAUCAUCCGUGCGUGUCAAUUCCAUGUCAUGCAGGCUUUACGAGCCAAGGUCCGCUCGUUUGUCACUUGGAAGAAGGGAGAAGCCAAAGAAGAGGUCGUCAACAGGGUCCUGGAGUCCUUUCGUCUCUUGCAGAGAUGCAAUAGGAGCUCGGACUUUGGUCCAUCAAAGGAACUCUUCUCAACGCAGCUCAAUGCAAUCUCGGGUUCACAUGGUGGCUUUGUGAAAAAAGUCGUUGACUACCUUGAUGCCACAUGGCUUUCUAGCCGCUGGCAGGAUUUUGUGAUGGACUGGGGCAUGUCUGAUGGGCUUACCCGUACCGGGUUGCUAUCUACAAAUAACCACUGUGAGGGAGCAUUUAGAACAUUCGAUCGGGUGAUUCUUCGUGGAACCAUAAACCGCAGAAACGAUCACCUGUUGUUCUUGAUUCUCUUUUACUGGUUUCCCCGGUACAGGAACAGCUCAGUGUCCCAGAAAAGGCUCCCAAAAUCGGACAAACAGAUAUACCAGAAGGCCUACCACUAUUGGGAAUCUGGAUAUGUCCAAAACGCUUCAGCAAUGGAUAUCGACAACUCUGUAUUGAAGAGCCGCACGCUUGUCAAGGACUUCGCAGAUUCGGACGAGGUCUGGGAGAUUCUAAUCCCCGACCAGGAAACAGCUACCGCGGGUAGGCUGCACAAUGGCAACAUGACAGACAUCGAGCGGAAACUCCAGCAAAUGCAGACGGUUGUUGAUGGUCUGCAAAAUGUCCAGGAUGACGAGGGCGCGAAAGGGGAUGAUGGCUGGCUGGAGGAAUACAGGGUUAACGAUGUCUUCGAUUCCUUUGACGACGACGAGUCCGAUAGCGAUGAUCUCGACGAUACGCAUCCGAUUGGCUGUCAAACAGCUCCCAAAGGCAUGACGCCUCAACCAACACAGCCACAGACAUCAGUUCUAGAAUCAACUACUUCUGGUGGUAUACCACCAUCAUCCUGUCUGUCUGUCGUUGAAGCUACUACCACCACAACCCUUCCCAAAGCAAAGAUACCAGCUAUCCCACCACAGCCACCAGCAUUGCCCCAUCCAUCCACCACUAAUAAGCCUUCUUCUGCUGAAGAUGCUGCUGUGUCGGAUAGCGACGAUCCCGUUGUUGUUCUGACCAAUCCUCCACCUUCCUCCUCAUUCCCGAAAAACGGGUCCUCUCAAGCUUGUGCACCCUUGUCUACCGGUAGGCCUGCCAAGCAUCAACCCCUCAACCCUCGGCGACGAGCCCCCAAGUCUGCGUCCAAAGGUCAGCACCACCAACAAGGUACAGGCAUUGUGAAUCCCAGGGUACCUCUGAGCCUGGCUGCUGGGGACAAGGCACAGGCGUCAAGGAUCAUCAAUAAACAAAACCUGCACCGACGUCGUGUGCUUGACACUCUUCGUCCGGGUGCGUACAUGAUGUGCGAAGUCUACGACCUCUACGUCAAGCUCCUUCGAGAGCGAGCACGUCUUGCAGGUCAACCGCAUUGGGCUCUGACGACCUUGACCUCGUCGUUCUUGACGCGUGACGACCCGUACAGCCAAAUUGCCGAAUGUGAGAAACUGGGAAGUGAGACAGAGAAAAUCAAUCUGUUCAAUUACUUCACCGUUUCCAUUCCCAUUUACACGCCACACCAUUGGCAUGCUGUGAUUGUGAACAUGACACAGCGGAGGAUUGAGUACUUUGACUCGUUCCAUGGAUCAACAGAUCCAGAGUACACUCGACAGAAGAGGAUAGAGUACUCAGAAGCGGUAGGUGACGAUGUGCCAGGUGCUGUUUCAGCAGUGGUUCCUUUCCUUUGA